GGCUCCCAGCGGCAGGCGGCUGAACCGAGGCGGGGUCACAUGCUGGCCUUGUGGGUGGCCAGGCGCCGCCCAAACGACGACGACGACGACGACACGCUCCUCUCGGUUCUCGCACGAAAUCGGGGCGACCUCCAUUCGUCGCCGAGGGAGCCGUUGGCCCGCCGCCGCCGCGACUGACGGGCUUUGAAGGGGGUGCGCGUGUGUGAGGUGGAAGGGAGGGGGUGCUGCACGUUCCCCUUCCCUCGCGCCAGCGGUAGCCGAAGGCCGAGCUGCCCGGAUUGGCCGGGGAGGGCCGCGAGCUCCGCCCGCUGUAGCCGUGCUUGCCUAGCUUGGAGAGAGAGAGAGAGAGAGAGGGAGGGGAAGAAGAGCGGGGCUGCGCUCCCUGCGCUGCCUAGUCUGGAGCGGGAGCCUGGCAGCGGCAGGAGCGGCGGCGGCGGCGGCUGCUGAGGAGCCGCCGGAGCCUGCUGGUCGGAGGACUCAGCCCCGUUGCCUUCCGCUCCGGGUGCGCGAGGAGGCGAGGAGAGGGGGCCCCGUCUCCACCGAUCCAUGACCAUGGGCGACAAGAAGAGCCCGACCAGACCCAAAAGGCAAGCUAAACCUGUAGCUGAUGAAGGUUUUUGGGAUUGUAGUGUCUGCACCUUUAGAAACAGCGCUGAAGCCUUCAAAUGCAGCAUAUGUGAUGUCAGGAAAGGCACCUCUACAAGGAAACCUAGGAUAAAUUCUCAGCUUGUAGCACAACAAGUUGCUCAGCAAUAUGCUACACCACCACCUCCUAAAAAGGAGAAGAAAGAAAAGGUGGAAAAGCAAGAAGAGAAAAAAACAGACAAAGAAAAAGAAGUUAGUCAAAGUGUUAUAAAGAAGAAUACCAACAAGAAGACUAAGCCAAAGUCAGAUAUUGUGAAAGAUCCUCCUAGUGAAGCAAACAGUAUACAAUCUGGAAAUACAACAAAGACCAGUGACUCAAAUCACACCUCAAGACCCAGACUGAAAAAUGUGGACAGAAGUACCGCUCAGCAGCUGGCAGUCACAGUAGGGAAUGUCACAGUAAUUAUCACAGACUUUAAAGAAAAGACUCGUUCUUCCUCCACAUCUUCAUCCACAGUGACCUCCAGUGCUGGAUCUGAACAGCAAAAUCAGAGUAGUUCGGGCUCCGAGAGCACAGACAAGGGCUCAUCCCGCUCUUCUACGCCAAAGGGCGACAUAUCGGCAGUCAACGAUGAAUCUUUCUAAGAAUUGCACAUGGAAUUGUGGGAAACUUAUGAAAUCAGGGUAUGAAAUUCAAAUAUUCCACCUGUCCACCAGGACAACCUGAGAAAGCUGCCAGUGCCACCUCCUCUUCCUUUUCUCCUUGUGCUUCAACAUGCUUUUUGGAUAUCCUUCCCUUAAUUGAUGACACCUGGACGCUUUGGUCUCACUGUGGGCAUCUGGCUACCAAGGAAUUUCGCACCCUGAGAAUUACUUUCUGAUGUUUAUGUAUUCCAUUGUUUUAUAUGAUUUUCCUAACAAUCAUUUAUAGUUGGAUGUGCUCCUGACUCUACUUUUUUAUAAAUCUGCUGUGCACAGUUUUUCCAUGAAUCUUACCACCAAUUUUAUUUUUGUUUUGGGUGAGGGAAUGUGAUGUAUGGGUAAGGGCGGGCUUAUAGGAGGCUUUUUAUUUAUUGUAUUCACAAACUUCAUUCUCUCUUGUUUGUUCAGCAUAUUUUUUGAGUUCAAAUCUCCCUCUUCCAGUUAUACUGUGUACUAUCAGUUUUGAUAUAAAUUAUAUAUAUAUAAAUAUAUAAAUAUAUAUAUAAAUAAAGUAUAUAUAGGGUUAUUUGAAACCAAUACAUGGAAACGCUGGUGCUUGAAACACUGUGAAGCUAAGCAAUUUAAGAUCUGGGACAGCAAGUGCCGUUUGGCAAGUGCUGAAACCCAACCGGAACCAGUCUUAGAUCAACAAAGUGUUCCCAGAGGUUCUAACAGAAACAGGACCUGGUUUUUCUCUUGUGCUUUGGCUGAAGAGUACUGGACAAAAAUAGAUAUCUAUUUUCUUAUUUUCUGUUCUUUUUGAAAUCCAAAAGGUGCUCCAAGUCAUUGCAUUUCCAGUUAAAGUAUCGGAAAACAAUACAUUUCUAGCCCUUUCCUACCUGUGUACCAAUUUUAAAAACAAUGAACAACUCCAGUUUCAAAAUGCUUAGUAUUAAUGUCCCUGAUGACUGCACAUUAACACUGCCUAUUUUGAAUAACAAAUCUCAUUCUCUUAUUGUCCAGAUUUAUAUUGGUGAUGGGAAAAGAUUUUUGAAUAUCAGUGGGGAAAUGUCAGACAGCUUUUAUAAUAGAAGGCAGUCCAAGGCCUUAAUAAUAAGUGCUCCCCUUAUAAUAACAUGAACCGAGAUCUAUUGUCACAUGAAUUGUUUUCAGUUCAAAUCUUCUAUAUGUGACUCUGCUUUUUUGUUAGUAAUUUAAUUCAUUUAAUUCCAUUUCCUUAGGAUUAUCAGUGCUUAGACAUGUCUCUCUACCAUAACUUGGUCUGAGAGCAAAAGUUGUAAAGACAUUUUUGUACUAAUAAGGGAGCAUCAGAAUGGCAAAUAACUUCCAUUUUUGUUUCGAAAACUGUUCUGAGAUUGUUUACUUACAGAUCCAAACUCUAUUGCAGUUUUAUCUAGCCGGUAUGUUUUUCUGCUUAAAACACUAGAAAGAAGAUGGAACACUUAAAAAAAAAAUCUUCAAACUCUUAUUGUGUGCUUUUUAGGUGACCCAGAGUGCUUUGCUAUACUUUCAGUAACCAUUUUUUAGUUUUGUCACAAUGAUUUCCAUGUAGGUUUUCUCAAGGGGCACUCAGCAGAACUUGGUGCUAGACAAUUACUGUACUCAUUUCUUGUUUGAAUAAUAUAAAUUAUUUCUGUUCUAGAGAGGCAUGAAAUGGUUGUGUUUUAUCAGUUUAAAGCCACAAACACAAACUUAUUUUAUAUCAGUCUGAAAAUUUUAACCUAUGCUUAACUGAAUAAAGUAAUUCUGCUCAAAGAGGUAGAGUAGCAGAGCAGUGCCUUUGCAGCUGCAUCUAUUUUGAUGAGUUUCUCAUUCAGUUGUUCUUAUAUCCUUUUUUUUUGAAAACUUAUUUUUAAAUUAUUUAUUGAAAAAUAAAAAAGAACCAAAGGAAAAACAGAUGUUUCUUAAGCUCUGAUAAUACAAUAUUAUCGUAGUUUUUAAUAGUCCACAUCAAUCCACAUUUUAACAUUGGUAAACAUUCCUUUUACAAGUUUGACUAUUCCUUUAAAGGAUCUCAGGGAGGGUAAAUUGGUCAGCCAUAAUUUAUUUUUGGAGAAAAAAAAUAAUUUUUAGAGAUGUUUUCAACUUAGUCCCAGAUAUGUGUGAUUUGCACAGAUUUUUUAAAAAAGAAACUUACAUCUAAAUUAAUUAGGCUUGUAUGCAUUUAGCUCCUUCCCAGCAAAGACCCAAUCUCUGAGCAUGUCUGCUGGAAGUUCACCAGUAUAUACAAAUGGUGUGCUUCCCUCUGUGGCUUGCUAGAAUACGGCCUUGGUUGAAGUGGGGGGAGAGCAGUGUGCGUGUUUAAGAAAACCAGUUACAGCAGAUACCACCCUCCAAUCAUUGCUGCUCCAUUCAUUUCCAAGGUGGCUUCUCAUAGGCUGUCAUUCCAGUGGGUAAGCAGCAGGGGUUAAUGGGUUCUUCCUUAUGAAACCUGUCCCUUAGGUUAGGGAAUAAAAGCUUUAACCAUAAUGAGCUGCUCAUUGGCUUACCAAUUCAGUGAAAUCCUCUUUGGGUUUUCUUUUUCCUUUUUUCCCCUAUGUGUGCCUCUGUGCUAUAUUAUCUUGUUAGAAUAAAGUAUGCAAAUCCAUCUUUGGCACAAGUGGAGUGAUUGAAACUGCAUUUGGCUGAAAUUGUCAGCUAAGCAUUCAAAUUUUCUUGGGCCACAUUUUUUACCAUUGUGUUGUAACCAAGAAAACACCUUUAAAAAAAAAAAAAAGCAUGAGAUUUGAAAAUUGGAUUAUCUUAACUUCCUUCAUUUCAUUUAACUAUUCAGUAGUUGGAGAGCAUGCUUUAAAAUAUUAGUGUAUAAGAAGGGCCAGAAACGCUUUGUAGCCAGUGGCACAGAAAGCAGGUAAGGAAAAAGCACAGUGUUACAUUUUCAAAGUUAAAUUUUUACAUACACAUAUGCACACCCAUACACAUCCAUACACACAACAGGUUGCUUGACUUCCUCUGUUUGAAUACUUUAAAUAUGUCAUGCAAAGAGAACAAUGAAAAGCAAAAAUGUUUAAGAUGGGCAGUUUUAAUUGAAAGCAUUUUGCUUCUUCAAAAUCAGUUUCUAUUUUAAAACUGGGCAGUGGCUAUAUUCAUAGAAAUACAUCUGCCUUACCAGUACCAUUUCCAGUCUACUUUUUAAAAACUGUUACCAUAAAUUAUUGAAGUUAUUACUUGCUGACUAUAUAACCUUUGCUUGUAUGUAACUGAAAAAAAAUGAUUUGAGAGCCAACAUUUACAAUACGACAAUGGAGCUGAACAGUUUUUAAUGCGCAAGCAGUUCUGUUCUUGUGUAUGACUUGUAACCUUAAUUUACUGUGUAAAGAUGGUUACAUUAUUUCUUUAGCUUUGUUUGUUUGGAGACAAAUAGAGAAUGCUUGUUUAAGUAUGUCAAAACAUAAUUUUAUCUUGUGAAUUUUUAUGUUAAUGUAUUAUACGAGCUAUAUUUUUCAUUUGCCCAGAAAGACAGCUUGUAUAACGCUUUGGAAGUUUUCUGCUCUGUAAAGUCUUUAGAGCUGACAGUCCUGUUAGGUUUGUUUUUAAUCUUCAUGCUAAAAGUGUCAAUGGUGAUUUUGUGAACUGGUCAGAAAAAUUCACAGGUCUUAAAUGUUUUCGGGAAAUUUAUAUUGGACACUGCUCUUUGUCUAGCAAAUAAAAGAUGUUAAUAUAUUCCUGUUACCGGCAUGUGCACGACUGUUAUUAGAAGCCACUUUAUCAUUUUCUUGCUUUAAAUAGAAAUGUCUAUUUAUGAAUUCUGCUUGUAGUUUUUUCACAAAUAAAAUAGUAACAUUUAAUUAAA